AUGUCCACUGUUCCAGAUGCUCCUGUUGAGCAGGCUGCUGCAAUGCACGAGUAUGUACCAUCUCUUUGGUACGAGGCUGCGAGCUCUUCUGGGAUCAUUUCUGGCUCGAUGCGCCAGAUGCUAGAGAGACAACUGCGAGAUAUGCAGUUGAAUAGUAGUAUUGUACAUGUAUUGCUGGUGGAGGAAACAAUUAUGGAAGAGGGGUUAGUACAAGCAUGCGUGCAACUCAGGUUGACUGAUGAAGAACAAAACGCUCUCAACCUCGAAGAUGUGGUGGACGUGGUGAUUGAGGAAAAAACGGAAUUAUGCAUGGUGGGGAGGCUGUUAACGAGAAAGCCUUAUAACCUGAAUAAUAUGAAGAAUGCCCUCAUAAGUGCUUGGCGUCUAGCCAGGGGCUUUAAUAUUCGUGAUGUGGGAGAUAACCUCUUUAUAUGCGAAUUCUUCUCAAAGGCGGAUAGGGGAAGAAUCUUAAGGGAAGGUCCGUGGCACUUUGAUAAACAAAUCAUAUUAUUUGAGGAGCUGAAUGGCAAUAUGCAACCAAAUAAUUUGAUGCUUGAUCGUUGUCCGGUAUGGGUGAGAAUCUAUGAUCUCCCUCUUAACUGUAGAGGUACGGCAGCAGUAGGGAAAAUUGGUGCAAAAAUUGGAAGAAUUAUUGAGAGGGAUGACGAAGAAGGGAAAGGAUGGAACAUGUACUGUCGUAUUCGUGUUUUAAUAGACACAACCAAGCCUUUGAUGAGGGGAACGAAAGUUAUAAAUCUGUUGGGGGAACACUGUUGGAUAUCGUUCAAAUAUGAACGUAUUCAAAAUUUUUGUUAUUGGUGUGGAUUACUUGAUCAUAUGGAGGUGGAAUGCGAAGAUAAACCGGAGACUACGGAGGUCUCGGAGUGGCCUUAUGGACCUGGAUUACGGGCUACACCUAGAAAGAGGAAAAUGAUGUGA